AUGGCAGAUGCCAACCAUACCGUAACCACUGUGAAGGAGUUCAUUUUGUUUGGAAUCACUGAACGCCCUGAGCUGCAGAUGCCUCUCUUCCUCAUCUUCCUCCUGAUCUACUGUAUGACUGUGAUGGGAAAUCUGGGGAUAAUCAUUUUAAUCCGGACUGAUAGCCGCCUCCAUACCCCUAUGUACUUCUUCCUCAGCCACUUGGCUUUUGUUGAUCUCUGUUAUUCCUCUGUCAUCGCCCCCAAGAUGCUGGCCAACUUCUUAGCAGCUAAGAAAACCAUUUCUUUCCAUGCAUGCGCAGCACAGUUGGGCAGCUUCCUAACGUUCAUGAUCACAGAGUGUUUCCUCCUGGCAGUGAUGGCAUAUGACCGCUAUGUAGCCAUCUGUAGCCCCCUGCUUUAUCGGACCAUCAUGUCCCAGAGAGUCUGCAUCCAGUUGGUAGCUGGCCCUUAUGUAUACAGCUUUUGCGUUGCCCUGUUUCACACAAUAGUUACAUUCCGUUUGUCCUUCUGCUCUGCUAAUGUGAUUAACCAUUUCUACUGUGAUGAUCUCCCACUGUUAGCCCUUUCCUGUUCUGAUACCAGCACCAAACAGAUACUGAUCUAUGCGUUUGCUGGGUUUGAUAUGAUCUGCUCCCUUCUCAUAGUUCUCAUCUCUUACACAUUUAUCCUCUUUGCCAUCCUGAGAAUCCGCUCUGCUCAGGGCCAACACAAAACUUUCUCCACCUGCGCCUCUCACCUGACAGCGGUCACCAUCUUCUAUGGAACUCUGAUCUUUAUGUAUUUGCAGCCCAGUACUAACCACUCCCUAGCAACAGAUAAAAUAGCGUCUGUGUUCUACACGCUGGUGAUUCCUAUGCUGAAUCCCCUGAUCUAUAGCCUGAGAAACAAGGAGGUGAAAGAUGCUCUGAAGAGAACAACAGAAAGAAUUGUGAUUGUUCACAAAUGA